AUGUGCUACGACCAUUCCUCCAUCACUGCCCUGGAGCUUCGCCGCUGCCUAGAGGACCACGACGACAUAAAGGAAGAAUCAUUGUUUGCGGAUGACUUCAGAAUGAGUCCAUUCCACAUUCUAUUUUCGACUGUCGAGCCAAGAGGAGAUAUGCUCGAAGUCCUUCUUAAAAAGUUUCCAUACCAUGUGCUCGGCUGGAAAGACGCCGAUGGCAAGCUGGCAAUGGAUUAUUUGGUGAGCAACUGGACUUACCAAAACAAGAUAUUGCUACAGAUGGCCCUGCAGAGCUGGAUAUUUGGUCGAUUGGAGCGUUGGUGUGACCAGUCUUGGAGAACUACCAUGAUUCCCCUUGUGAAUGCGCUUCUAGCUGAAGGCCACUACAGAAAGCUACUACACAAGUCGGAGGAAUACAGCGUUCCCUGCGAUUUGCUCCAUCAUGACAAGAGUAUGAAAAUUUGGAGGCCACGUCAAUCUUGGAAAUGGCCUUGUGGAAAGGGCAAAUGA